ACCCGGCAGGCGUGACGAAGCAAGGCGAGAACGGAUGCCAACUGGCACCGAUGAUGACUGACGAAAGCAACAGUGUCAAUUCAGCGUCUGAAGAGUGCGCAGCGUGUCUGAAGGGAGCUGAUGCUGCAGAUAUCGAUAUAGUGAUUUGAUCCAUCAGUGCGGAACAGACAUAACACACCUACAUGCUAGGUGUUGUCUAAUUAUAAUCGCUGCACCGCGAACUUCAUUAAAAACCUCGGUCGACUGACAAAGGAACUGCAAUCAGUGAAAAAUUCAGCGAAUUAAACUCUGAAGAAGUGACAAAGGAGCAACAGCUGAUCUGCGAUUAUCGACAACUCAUCACUAUUUACCGUUAACUCCGUACAAAGUGAAUAUUUGUUUAUGAAAUCGAGUGAAUAAGUGAAAUAAGUAAAGCCCUCUUACUUGCCCUUGAAAUUCUCGUUUCAUAUUCUGUAAACAACUGCGAAAAACACGUCCCAUCCUUUUUGUGCAAUCGGACGAAAACAUCUGAGCUUCUAACACGAACGGUGCAAAUUCUGGGUGAAGGGCUGUCUUCAGAAAUGAAUUUCGCUGUCAGGAAAUGUUUAACGCUCGUCUUAAUUGGACUCGGCCUUCUGCAUACAGCUGAAAACUCCAAGAUACUGGUGGUCUUCAGCCAUUUGGGAAGAAGUCACUUCGACGUAUUCGAACCGUACCUGGAGCAACUCGCAGCCAAAGGACAUCAGCUCCUUGUAAUCAGCCACUUCCCAAGAAAACGCCCAACACCCAAUUACAAAGACAUUGACCUAAAAGCCAUAACAAAAGUUAACCAAACAGUGAACAUUUUAUCUUACGCAGACAUUGCCAAAAUGGACCAGAUUGUGAGCGCCUUUGUGCUGAGUGCAUGGGCUGCAGAGGUGUGUGAGAAUGCAUUUGAACAUCCGGAUGUUCAAAAACUCAUAAAAUCAGACGAGAAAUUCGACUUGCUCAUAACUGAAACGUUUAAUACCGAUUGUUUCUUAGCGUUUGCACACAGAUUUCAGAUUCCUGUAAUCGGCUUCAGUUCCUGUGUUUUUAUGCCGUGGACCCCAGACAGGGUCGGAAACCCGGACAACCCCGCGUAUAUUCCGACACAGUUCGUGGCGUCUUCGGAUAGAAUGGACUUCACUGAAAGAUUCUCAAACACGUUCUGGUAUUUGUUUCAUAAACUUCAUUAUUCAUUUCUAAUGGACCCACGGGCUCAUAAAAUCGCUAAGAAACACUUCGGUGAAUCUCUCCCAGCCCUGUCCACCCUCGCCAGAAACACGAGUCUCAUCUUUGUCAACAACCACUUCAGUGUGAACAGACCCCGUCCGUUGGUCCCUGGCAUUGUUGAGGUGGGCGGAAUACACAUGAAACCGGCCAAGACUCUGUCUAAGAUAAAGCAUCCUAUGAAUGACAGGAAAUAUGAUGAAGCCCUAAAAGUAACUAAGAAGACAGUUGAGAAACAUUCAGAUUGGUUUUUGGCAACUGUUUGGAUAACCCCAAAAUGGGCAGCUACAGACAGCUAGCUCAGAAAAUUGCUUGAAGCCUAUAGAAUAAUGGGGGUGCAAUAUGUAGCUCAAAAUACACUUCCUUCGCUCUAAUCUGGAUUUCUUGGAUUUCAACAGACCUUAUGGAAGUCUACGACAACCUCACAUUUUCUAUGUUACCUGUGUAAUGUUAGUAAAUAAAUUUGACUAAAUUCCUAAACAUGAGAAAAUCUGUUUAUUUCUCGAAAACCUUGCUUGCUACAGAAUAUUUAUUCCUAGAUUCGGCAUCAGUGACUGAGAGUAUGUGAAAGGGGUAAAAUAUAAUUCGGAAAAAUAGUUAAAAUUUGUCGUUCAAUGCAUUUGAAGGUGCCGAGAUUCGACUACGUGUACGUGCGAGAGGAAGGGAAAAUUGCGAAGCAAGAGUACAGUCCACAGAUCAGGAGAAAAUCCC